CUAACAUGACACUGAACCGGAGUAGCAGUUUGCUAAAGGAUACUGUAGCAUACUAUCAGGUUUCCCUUAUCAUAAUACUGUAUUUACAAUAAAGUGCGAUAAUCGUAACCGGGAAGCGCCAUGUACGAGCAUUACUAUUUACGGAUUCGGUUACCGUCGUUGAUCUUCGUGCUCUUAAGUGCGGUUGUUUUCGAGACUACAGGAGUCAAUGCAUACGUGGUGGGCAAGUAUAAUGCGUCGCUCGGUGCGUCCCUGGAUCUCGCUUACGGCAGAUUAUGCGGCUUUCCCAAUGUGAUGCCGGCAAUGGAGAAUCUCCAACCGGAAAAGACCUAUGGAUUGUGGUAUACCUACCGAGCGCAGACGUCAUCGUUGGUACCGCACAGCAUCAAUGAGAAAUUUUUCGUGUACAAGAUUAAAUCAACCGUCGUGCCGUUGACGGGUAUCCGAGCGGAUUACCAGUGGAUCGUGGGAUCGAACUAUUACUCCACGCAGCCCGGCGUCUGUCAGUUCUGGUACUGGGUCGGCAGUGUCGGACGCGAUGGGACGGAGCGAGGUGAUGCUUACUCAUCCCGAUCCGAGUAUCUGCCUAUUCCCAACCAUUUUGUGGCUGUGCUGCAUGAAUACGACAAAUUCUACAUUGAGUACGGCUGCGCGGAAACAAACCUGGCCACCGGCAUCUGCAAAGCGCCGAUCGUACUCGUCAGCACCCGGACACGGCCCAGUAAGCUGUCGGCCUAUGACCGCCAGGAGAUCGACCGGGCCGUGAAUGCGGUGCUUGCACCGUACUGUCUAACGGCGGAGGAUAUUCCGCUACAGAGCUUCGUGGAUGCCACAUCUGACUGCGAGUUCCCGGAACCGCCAGAGUGUGUGGCGCAAAGAAUAGAAGCUCUUUCGCAGCUACCCGCACCAGUAUUCUAACCCCUGCUAAUCAGAACCCAAUGCACUAUUCAGAUGCCCAUGUAAUAAAUGUUUUAAACUAUUCUGUGUGUUUUAAAUAAAACUUAACUUUUUAACGGGUUUGGG